AUGUACCACCAAUCACCGUCAUACUCACUCCGGUGCGGCUCGGCGCCGGCUCUGAUGCUCAAGUGGCAACGCCGGGGUGGGUAUUGGGCAUUGAACAAUACUGAACAACACAUCCAAGAGACACGUCUCGGCACGAGUGAUAAUAUCGGAAUGAAUGGGAAGAAGAAUUUAGUGCUCGACACGACAAUAGAGAAAGGCGACGAAGAGGCCAGAUCACCAACUCUAGCCUAUAGAGAGAACGAGAAGAUGGGAGGGAGGGGCGGGUGUUCUGGGGCGAUGAAACAGUCGUGGUGGAAAACUGUCGUUACUGCUGCAGCAGACAUUCCGCUUCGGCGUGCGUCUUCAUAUGUAUUGAGUGAUAUUUAUGGUGUGGAGAAAUUGAAAUGGUUGUCUUUUGCUAUCGAGAGGCCGCAUAUCUUAGCCCUUUCUGGCCAGUUAUCAAUUAAGUCAGGAGAGCACUUUUCGACUGAGGUUGUUGCAACCGGUUCCUCGGGAACUGAAAACAACACUGCUAUCCUGAUUUUCGGAAGAAAUGUCAGCAAGAACUCGCUACUAGCAUUGAUUCUAUCCUCAUUGCUGAGGUGUAUAACCAAGCACUACCCCACGAUCAUGAUGUGGCUCUUAAUUUCCAUAGAGAGCUUCUCGAAGUCGUCACAUUUGCUUGCCAGUCCAGGAAAUUCACGACAACUUGCAAGCCAUUGUCCAGAAGGAACAUUUGAAAGCAUCCAAAUUCUUGGAGUGAAUAGCCACCACCACGCAACUUCAUUAGUGCCGUGGAGAGAUUCUCCUUGA